AGAGCCUUUUACUUUCCUCUUCAUUUCAAGACGAGGUUGCGUGGCGUGCGUCCCAGAAGAGUAAUGAAGGUGAUCGUGGCGGUGGCGGUGGUGGUGUGCGCGGCGGCGUGCGCUGCCCAGGUGUUGGAUCUGCCCAAACUCACCGACGAGGAGCGCAAGCUGAUCCUGUCCAACAUGGACAUCGCGGUGGACUGCCUCAUCAAACCCACCAAGCAGUGUCCUAACUACACCGAUAACGUGCGACGAGUCCUGCCUGACUUGCUCAGGAACAACUUCAAGUGUAACUGCGAGACCCAGCGCGACGUGGACCUUUUCCGCGCUGAGCUGGCCAAGAGGAAGAACAGCCGGGCCAUGCGCCGCCUCACCAUGUGGGUUAACACUGAGCUGCUGGUGUGAGUCUCUCCCUCCACGCCCUGCCUGACGGGCCCAGCUCGUCCCUGCCCUCCCAACACUGCUGCAAGUCUUCCUUCCACACAGCCCUUCAUUCAGUCUUCAUACCAUCCUGAUCAUCACCACUAGUCAUCCAGACCACCUGACCGCACCUGCCUCGCCUCCCUCAGCAGGCCAGUGCCCCGAGCAGCCUCCCCGCCACUCCUCACACCACCACACUCUGUGCCGCGUGCUGAUGCAUGUGCAAUACUUACUAUUUCUAUGCACUGUUUUAUUUAUAAAUUUUGAGACACACAA